AUGCCUUCGCCACAGCAGUCUCGACCAAGUCAAUCAGGCAGCUUCUCCCUGUUCCCUGACUCCAGCACCUCGGAACCGCCGCAGACAGCUCGAAAUCUACAUACCCCCCGCGGGUGGCGGUCCGAGUCUCGGGAGAGGAGGCCGCAGGCGCCCCGGGACCAGAGGGCGGCCACGCCAGAUAUUCCGCAGUCGCAGACGCCGGAACAGCCCCCAUGUUCAUCCAUGGGUUCGGAGCCCUGGCGACGAGAAACGCCCUCGAACUGGCCGUUAAGCAACGGGACACCGGGGCACCACGGCGUCGACAGCACUUCGGUCCAGCAGCCCCGAAGUAUUCGCGACGUCCCCGGUCGGACGGAGACCUCCUUUUCGGAAGCCAAUACCCUCGUUCGCAGCAACAGCGGGCUCUCUAGAAGCUCCGUUGCAAAUCACCCUCUCGGUGACAACUCCUCGUCUCCUUCUCGCUCGCAGCCGCUGAGGUCCAUCUUUCCAACUUACAACUCGGCUUUGUCGCUCGGCCAGCAAGUUUACGCACCGACGCCAAUGGGGUCCGCGCACAUCACCCGCGCCGUCAUCACCAGGCCAUCCGUCCACGAGGAGCCGGAAUUCUCAGAGAGAAGAGGUGCUCCGGGCCGCAGUCCGCCGUCGAGCCCCAGGCGACCUGCCGCGAGGGGACGCUGGCCACUGAGAAUACAAACGCAGCCGCCCGCGGUGAUCCCCACGCCCUGCACGACAGAGGACCUCAAAGGCCUCUGGAAAGUGGCCAACGGGUGGAAGGCGUCUGCUUCCGAGUCGAAAGUCUUCUGCUUGAAGCUGUCCAAGCAGAAAGACGCACCCGUGUACACACUGUCAUCGGCGUCUCUGCAGCCAUUUUGGAAUCUGAGACUGGAUCCCACGUCUGCCGCGGCGUACGCCAGCCUCACAAGACACGACCCGGCGAAGCACUACAAGGCACCGAAGCCAGAGGCCGCGUCGUCCCGCAGGGCUUCGGAAAACAGCGUCAGCAGACACUGGUACGAGGCCCUCGGUACGACACUGGAAGAGGAAUCUCGCAGACACCCGCCCAACGAUGGCCUCGUCGCGCUCCUCAUGCCAGCUGCGGCCGCGAGGAUAGCCACUGACAGGGCGGACGAUGCGGCGUCCGUCAUGGCCGCUGACAACGAGCGCGCCCGGCUGGUCUGGGAUGGAGACUCGGCAACGCACUUCCUCGUGCACAAUGCGCUGGCCAAGCCGUUCUGCAUAACCGUGGACCGAAACCCGGCGUACUCGCGCGUCGAGUACACCCUCGAGCAUGACGAGUCGCCCAAGCACUUGGCCAGGCUGACGAGAGACGGCACAGGUGGCGGCUGGAUCGAGCUUGACACCAGCGUCGCGGCCCAAAUCGAGUCCUUUUACAUCCUUGAUGUCGUCGUCACCGCCCUGCUGCUGGUCGCUGCGAGAGAGGACAGGAUCUCGCCGACGCCUAUGGACGCCUUUGAGCCCCCGCCGCCACCGGCUGUCCUUGUCGCAAAGCGCCUUUCGGGAAGAUGGAGUAAAUUGAGCAUGUGGGGACAGAAAAAGGGUAAAAUGGAGGCGUUUGAAAUCGACAUCGAAAGCCAAAAUGACAGCCUGGGUAAAGGGCAACGCGGGAGUCGGUCCUCGGAGAAGAGGCUGCCGUUCUUGAUACGCGCCCUGAUAAAAGUGGCAAAGGGCGUGUUCAGAUUUGCUAUUUGGGUCUUGACUGCUAUGUUGAAUGUCGCUGCGGGGGUCUUCAAGUGCUUGUAUUCUUGUGUGGGAUCGAAAUAUUAA